AUGCAUCACAUCAUUACAUCCAGUUUCUACAUCAUCGCUGCAUUGGGCGCACUUGUGGUGGUCCAUUUCGCAUACAACCUCUUCUUCCACCCUCUGCGAUCAUAUCCUGGACCGUGGUAUGCAAAAGUCAGUAUCUUCUGGUUUAUGUACCACUCUUUCCACGGCGACUACCCAUUUAAGGUGCAUGAGCUGCAUCUGAAAUAUGGCCCCGUCGUCCGUAUUGCUCCCAAUGAGCUGGCUUACACGGACCCGCAAGCCUGGAAAGACAUCUACGGGCAUCGGACCGGGCAACCUGAGAACGUCAAAGACCCAUCACAGAAUAUCGACGAAGACCCGGCGCAUCCCAGUAUCGUCUUUGCUGGUCGCGAACAGCACUCGAAAUUGCGCAAAUUUCUAUCCAAUGCCUUCUCAGACAAAUCCAUGAGAGAGCAAGAGCCAGUUCUGACGUUGUAUGUCAACCAGCUCAUAGAGUCGCUAGGGAAGAGAUGUCGCGAGCCACUUGAUCUUGUACAGUGGUACAAUUUUACCACAUUUGAUGUAAUUGGCCAUCUUGCCUUUGCCGAGCCAUUUGACUGCCUAAACAAUUCAAAUUAUCAUCCUUGGGUGCAUAUGAUCUUCAGUACUUUCAAGUUUGUUACUUGGAUCCGUGCUUUGAAUCGCUUGGCGCCGGGCUUUUCGUCUUUCCUCAUGCGAAUAGCGCCCAAGCGCGUCCAGCGCGAACACGCUGCCAACAUCCAACUGUCGAGAGAAAAGGUCUUACGCCGCAAAGCGAACAGCCCCGGCUACGUUGAUUUUUUGACGCCUUUACUAUUGGCAGAAGAAAAGGGCCAGCUCACAGAAACGGACAUUGUAAAUAAUGGCCCGACUCUGGUCGUGGCCGGGAGCGAGACCACGGCCACCGUACUAUCUGGCGCCACCUUUUAUAUUCUCAGGGAUCAGAACGUGUACAAGAAACUGACCCAAGAGAUUCGAUCGAGCUUCAAUCGCGUAGAAGACAUCACGCUCAUUGGUGCGGGCGGGCUCCGGUAUCUUCACGCCACCCUGGAUGAAGCCAUGCGACUAUAUCCGCCGGGGGCCAACAACCACCCUCGGCUUACGCCUCCGCAGGGAGCUUUGAUUGCCGGCCGCUUCGUACCUGGGAAUAUGAUGGUGGGCAUCAACCAGUACGCAAUGUUCCGCUCCCCACUCAACUUUUGCGAUGCGGACGCCUUUGUCCCUGAGAGAUCCAUCGAUCCGGAUGAGAAAUGGACCAUGGAUAAGCGGGAAGCCCUUCAGCCAUUCUCUUUCGGACCCAGGAACUGCAUCGGAAGAAAUCUUGCAUUUGCUGAAAUGCGUCUCAUCAUGUGCCGGUUGCUCUUCUCUUUCGACUUGGAGCUGGUGCCCGGACAAGACGACUGGCUUGACCAAAAGGUCUUCACCUCAUGGGACAAGAAACCUCUUCUUGUGAACUUGCGCCCCAUGAAAGAAGCAUAG